AUGCCUACUGAUAUUAGGAAUUUCUUUGGUGGAAAGUCCAGUCAAGGCUCCAAUACACCACUUGGGAAGCCUACCGCAAAAAAAGAGGAUGUUACUACGAAGAAAAGGCGUGGAAGAAGAGUCGUGGAUGAUAGUGAGGAUGAAGAUGAUUCUGUGGUGAAGGCUCCAACCCCCAAGCCUAAAGUGCCAAAUACGCAAAAAACAGAGGUUUCUCAGGGCAAACCAACAACCACUUCGGAUUACUUCGCCUCAAACAAAAAGAGAGGGCGACCUUCUAAAAGUAGCUCCGCCUCUCCAAUUAAAGAAUCCUAUCAACCCGACGACGAUCCCACCGAUCGUGGCAAGGUAGAGAAGCCACCAGCGAUUAGGAAGCGUAACGCGGACGAGGAACUCUCAAAGCGAAAUUCGCAUAAGGCUACGAGAACCUCUGCAACCAAAAUUGACGAUGAUGAGCUUGGUGGUGAUGACAUCCAUUCUGCAGAGUUAGGAAAGCUAGGGAAAGAUGAUGACUAUGUUGAAGACGAGCACUCUGAAGAUGAAAGUGACUUUGAAGAACUUGCGGUAAGGCCUGCUCGAGCGGCUUCGAAUAAGCUGGCUCGUAAAAAACAGGCUUUUGUUGCCGAAUCAGAUGAUGGCAUGAUUAUGGAAGAUGUCAAACCAUCCACGAAGACAACGGCAUCAUCUGUUCCGCGGUCAGGACGGAAACGGAAAUCCGAAGCUCUAAACAAGGAUGAAGACGAGGUUCACAGUCGUACUAGGAAGGCCACUGUUCCUCCAAAAGCAGCCUCGUCAACCCCUCCUGUCAAGAAACAAAGAGGAGCUCCUAAGGAUGAUCAACCUGAGAGCAAGGAAAUUCAAGAUAUCUUCGAUAGCAUCCCAACAGUCAAGCCUCCGUCUCCUCCCCCGCCAUCAGGAGAAAAGCAGAAGUUUAAUUUCGCCGCUCAAGCGCAGCGAUCUCGAGACCCCAUACGGUCUGGAAGUAUUGAGAUGCCUGUUGGUGCAGAAAAUUGCCUUGCAGGUCUAUCUUUCGUUUUCACCGGUAUUCUUAACAACUUAGGCCGUGAAGAGGGACACUCAUUGGUGAAAAAGUAUGGCGGCAAAGUCACCACGGCUCCUAGUUCCAAAACAAGCUAUGUUGUCUUGGGAGACGAUGCUGGGCCCAAGAAACUCAGUACAAUAAAACAACAUAAUCUAAAGACAAUUAACGAAGAGGGUUUAUUCGAGCUAAUCCGGCGGCUCCCAGCCAACGGCGGGGAUGGCAAGGCGGCCGAGAAGUAUGAGGCAAAAAGGAAGAUAGAAGAAGAAAAAAUCCGUGCAAUGGCUGCUGAGAUGGACCAAGAAGACAAACGCAAGCUAAAAGUGACAGCCUCCAACAUGGGGGCAGGGCUUCAGUCGGCAACGGGCUCACAAGGCGCCGCCACUGAUGAUAGGCUCUGGACUACGAAAUAUGCACCAACAUCGAUGAAUAUGAUUUGCGGCAACAAGGGUGCCGUAGAGAAGCUUCAGUUUUGGCUUCGGAAUUGGCGGAAGAAUGCCAAAUCGAACUUUUCGAAACCUGGCAAGGAUGGAUCUGGAACAUACCGCUCUGUCAUGAUACAUGGACCACCUGGGAUUGGAAAAACGACUGCAGCUCACCUAGUGGCCAAACUUGAAGGGUUCGAUAUCGUCGAGACCAAUGCCAGUGAUACAAGAAGUAAAAAACUUGUGGAAACAGGACUUCUUGGUGUUCUGGAUACAACCUCUCUCCAAGGUUAUUUCUCUGGUGCUGAUCGUAAGGUGGAAAGCACAAAAAAGAACCUGGUGCUGAUCAUGGAUGAAGUUGAUGGAAUGUCAGCUGGAGACCGGGGUGGUGUGGGAGCAUUGGCCUCCAUCGCUAAAAAGACCCAAAUCCCCCUUAUCCUCAUAUGCAAUGAGCGAAGGCUUCCGAAAAUGAAACCCUUCGAUCAUAUUACUUAUGAGCUCCCUUUCAGACGACCAACAGCAGAACAGAUCAGAGCUAGACUUUCAACUAUAUGUUUUCGAGAGGGCUUAAAAAUCCCGCCACCCGUUCUUGAUGGUCUUAUUGAGGGAACAAAUGCCGAUAUUCGCCAAGUCAUCAAUAUGCUCUCGACAGUAAAGCUAGACCAGAAGCACUUGGACUAUGAGAAAGGCCGCGAAAUGUCCAAAGCAUGGGAGAAACAUGUUGUACUAAAGCCCUGGGAUAUCGUUGGAAAGAUUCUGAAUGCGCAAAUGUUUUCACCAAGCUCGAAAGCCACGCUGAACGACAAGAUUGAGUUAUAUUUCAAUGAUCAUGAAUUUAGUUACUUGAUGCUCCAGGAGAAUUAUUUGAGAACAAGGCCAACGCUAGCCGGUGGCUAUCAAGGCAAAGAACAAAAGCUAAAGUUGCUUGAGCUCGCGGACAAUGCAGCAUCAAGUAUUAGUGAUGGUGACCUAGUCGAUAAGAUGAUUCACGGUUCACAGCAGCAAUGGAGUUUGAUGCCAACACAUGCCGUUUUUAGUUUCGUCCGGCCUGCAAGCUUCAAUUACGGCAAUAUGAUGGAACGUCCCGGUUUCACUAGUUGGCUAGGGCAAAAUAGCAAGCAAGGGAAACUCUGGCGAUACGUCAAAGAAAUUCAGGGUCAUAUGCGCCUUCGCGCUUCCGGGGACCGUAACGAAAUUAGGCAGCAGUACAUACCUACCAUCUGGGACAAACUGGUUCGCCGUCUAAUGGUGGAAGGCAAAGAAGUUGUCGAGGAUGUCAUAGAUUUAAUGGAUAGCUACUUCCUUACUCGAGAUGACUGGGAUGCCCUGGUCGAGCUCGGUCUUGGCCCCAUGGAUGAGUCAACCGUGAAGUUGGAAACCCAGACAAAAGCUACGUUUACGCGCCUCUACAACCAGCGUUCGCACCCACUUCCUUUCAUCAAGUCCAGCAAUGUUGUUGCCCCGAAGAAAAUGGCGAAGGAAAGACCUGAUAUUGAAGAUGCCAUUGACGAGUCUGAUGAAGAAGUACUGGAGGAUGAGAGUAAGGAAGAUGACGAAAGUGAAGAGCUCGACUUGAAAAAGGAUAAGUAUGUUCGUUUGCCUAAGAAAACAACCAAGGGCGGCGCGGGAAAAGGCAAAAAAGGGAAAAAGUCAACUAACGACGGCGUUAUUGAUGAUGAUAAUAAAACAAAGAAGAGCAGAGGCCGAAAGCCCAAAGAUAAGGCCACCUAA